GGAGUUUUUGGCAUGUCUAAGCCAAUCAUUCUUGAGCAUUGAGGUAAUCGCGAAAUGGCCAAGGAAGAAGUCAUGGUGUCGCGCGAGGCAAAGCGUCGCAAAGUCACGCCGCAUGCUAGCACAGAGGUGACGGCGGAGUAUGUUGUGCGCGAAGGGUAUCGCUACGUGAACCCGUACGUGUUUGGGUUUCAAACCCAUGCCAAGCAGCGCUGGUUUGGCCGGACCCUGCUUGAGAUCUUCACCGCCGAGUUUGGAUCGUUCUCUCCAGAAUACUACGCGCUGGCGAUCGAAAGCGGGCGCAUCACGUUAAAUGGCAAUCUCGUUCCUCCGACAACAGUCGUAAAAAAUGGCGACUUGCUAUGCCACAAGACGCAUCGCCACGAGCCUCCAGUGUCCGGCGACGACAUACAAAUAGCCCACGAGACUGUCGACUUGCUGGUUGUGAACAAGCCGGCAGGUGUACCCACGCAUCCAUGCGGAGCCUACCGCUUCAAUUCGCUCCAUUACAUCUUGAUGCACAUGCGGCCAGACAUCCCAAAGCUGCACAUUGUGCAUCGUCUAGAUCGCUUGACAUCAGGAGUUGUCAUUCUGGCCAAGAAUCCCAGCACCGCCCGGACUCUGUCCACCUGCAUUGCCGACCGCACGGCAUCCAAGACGUACUUGGCUCGCGUUCGCGGCGCGUUCCCCGUCGUGUUGACAAGUUCCUGGUUGGAACAACUGCAUCUCCCAACUACUCGCGCGUCAGUGACCAUCGACGGCCAGUGGCUGCGGAUUCAGUGCCCUCUCGUAUGCAAGUCCCAUAAGGAUGGUGUGUGGUCAUGGGCGCUGCCGACGGACGCGAACGAUCCAUCGCUCAAGGAAGCAGAAACGCUAGUACAAUUUUAUUCAACGCCGCCUCGACGUGAUGCCGACAGCGACGACGGCACGACCGUCGUGCUGGUAAAGCCAGUGACAGGCCGCACGCAUCAAAUUCGCCUGCACUUGCAGCUCCUGGGCCUCCCGAUUGCUAACGACCCGUGCUACGGCGGCACACUUCACUUUGGCAAGUCCGUGGGUCCAUCCGACAACCAGAAUGGCGUGUCGACAUGGCGUGAACAAGCCAAGGACGUGGUCGAAACCACGAUCGCGUCCAAGUUGCCACGAGAAGAAGGCGAGACGGAGGACGCAUUUCUCCAACGAACGUGUCAGUGGUGUGCACGGAGUGUGCCGAAUGAAAACCACUUGCACUGCGCGCGCAUUUGGCUCCAUGCCUGGCGCUACGAGUUGCUGGGCGAGACGUUUCAAGUCGCGGCGCCCGACUGGGUCCCGCCUGUGCACGAAGAAGGAGCGCAAGCCUCCGCGACCGUCCCUUGAAUCGACGACCUUUGUCUUGAUGCCCAAAACAACAUGCAUUGAAAAAGGCAAAUACCAACAACGAUCUGACGGUGGUCUGUCUCGCCUCGACGUGUUCG